AUGAUACUGGGAUCAACCGGCACCGGAAAGACCAAAUUGUCCAUCGAUUUAGCCAUCCGUUUCUCCGGCGAGAUCAUCAACUCCGACAAAAUCCACGCCCAAAAGGGCCUCGACAUCGCGAGCAACCGAGUCACCAAGGCGGAGACCAAGGGCAUACCUCAUCACAUCCUCGAAGUCGUCGGCUCCGAUGCCGACUUCACAAUCCAAGACUUCGUCACCCGGGCCCACGACGCCAUUGACCACAUCACCUCCAAAGGGCGUCUCCCCAUCAUUGUUGGUUGCUCCAACUCCUACAUAGAAGCCCUCGUGGAGGGCCACUACUCCGAAUUCAGGUCUCGAAUCGAUCCUUGCUUCCUGUGGAUCGACAUCGAUGUCCCCGUUCUGUAUCGUGUCGUCGAGGCCAGAGUGGAUCGGAUGAUCCGCUCUGGCCUCCUCGACGAGGUCAGGGACGCCUUCAUCAACGAGGGUCCCAAAGACGUGACCAGAGGGGUCUGGAGGACGAUAGGGUUUGAAGAGUUUCAGACGUACUUUGAAGCAAUCGAGGGCGUGGACGAGAUGGAUCAUCACGACGAGGUGGCAAGAAAGGAGCUAUUCGAUGUCGCCGUGAAAUCGAUGAAGGAGAGAACUUGCAAGCUGGUGGAUAGGCAUUUGGGUAAGAUCCAACGACUGAGGGAUGUAAAUGGAUGGGAUAUACACCGGAUCGAUGCCACGAAGGUGGUGGUGGCUAUGGAGAACAAUGGUGGCACGGAGGCUGACUCGUGGGAGGAGGUGGUGCUGAAGCCAAGUUAUGAAAUUGUUAGCAAGUUUUUGGAUGGAGGAAAGCAGGAAGGGGAAGUCGUGGUGCCAUAUUUAAUGUGA